AUAUAAGCAUCACCACUUACCUUAAUUUGUUAUAUCAAGUAAGAAAAGACUGCUGAUUAGAUUGCAUCAAAAUUUAGAACUAUGGCUUGUCAGACCAAAGUGGUGAUGCUUCUUAUUCUCGCCACAGUAGCUUUGGAUAAUGUGGUGAACACUUUAUCAGCGGCCGAUUUUGAUGACCUUGUGAAAGCUGCCGAACAUCAAGUAAAAAGCAGAGGUUACUCAAGCUGUCCAUUUGGCUGGGUGAAAUAUGGCGGACGUUGCUUCACAUAUCAGGCCCACAGUUUGGACUGGGCUUCGGCUGAGAUACAUUGUCUGAAUCGUGGUGGACACUUGGUCUCGAUACACAGUGAAGAUGAAUAUCAGCUGGUUAAGGCUGUUAUCCGUGCUCAUGACCAUGAUGAGAAUCCAACAUGGAUCGGCCUCAAUGGCUGUCAGAAGACAUAUAACUUUUUUUGGUCUGAUGGCACCAAAUUGACUUUUACUAAGUGGAAUCCAUAUGAACCAAAUGCUAGAUUUGGAGAGUGCUGUGUGCAUAUAAACUGGCCUGGCAGUAAGAACUGGAAUGACAUUCCAUGUCACAGAAGCUAUCCCUUUGUGUGUGCCAAGAAAAUUCACUGAAAUGCUUCCAGCCUUUUCAACAAUGAUAGAAAAUAUUUCCCUAUCACUGAUCUAUUCAUAAAAAAACAAAAAAACAAAAAACAUUCAAGUUACUGGAAUUUGAGCAAUUAAUAAAAUGUGCUAAUCUUA